AUGAACGAGCAGGAAGCUGGUGUAGUCUCAUUUGACGAAUACGUGCGCCAGAAGGCUCGAACUGUACCCCAGCACAGGAUGAAGGAGUUCCUGGAAUCCCUCUCCAAGGGGGAGUUCAGUCAGCAGGGAGGGGCGACCACCACCACUACCACCACCACUACAGCCAUGGUCUACCAAGAGCAGACCAACAACUGUGUCUACACUGACAGCACAGAGGUGGCCGGCUCGCUCUUGGAGCUGGCUUGUCCAGUACAGCUGACCUCAGCGGAGAUUUCACCUCAGCUUUCCAUGCAUUCAGAACCUGAACAGCAGCUACAAGUGCAGGUUCAGAUCCAGGAGCAACCUGUCUUGCAGAUGGCCACUCAACAGGAAAUGCAAGGAAUUUCAGCUUCUCAACUUGUACCGCAGGAAGAUCUCACAGAAGAGCAGCAGCAGCAGAUUCAGGCACAGCUGGUUGCGGCCGUAAGCGGUGAGCAACAGAUUCAGUUAGCAAGCGGUCACCAAAUCCAGCUGCAAGGUACACAGCAGAUUCAACUUGCGGACGGCCAGCAUAUUCAACUGGAGGCCGGCCAACAGAUUCAGCUACAAGACGGACAGCAGAUUCAGCUGCCGGAUGGUCAGCACAUUCAACUGCAGGGCGGCCAACAGAUUCAGCUACAAGACGGACAACAGAUUCAACUGCAAGACGGACAGCAAAUUCAGCUUCCGGACGGUCAACACAUCCAGCUGCAAGGCGGACAACACAUUCAGCUACAAGACGGACGGCAGAUUCAACUCAUGGGAGGGCAGCACAUCCACCUACAAGAUGGACAACAGAUACAAUUACCGGACGGACAACAGAUCCACAUCCAAACCAUAGAGGCCAUAUCACCUUCACAGCAACAGAACUCUCCCAGGGAGACAGAGAGGCGGCCCGGUAACGCCUCAUCUGUUCUUCCACCCGCCAAGAAGCGCAAAGUUGAUACUCCCUUGACUGUGUCCUACACUGUUCCUCAAGGGCAGCAAGUAGCCACGGUCAUCGCAAUCCCUCAAGGGCAACAGCAAAACUACGUGUCCCUGCGGCCUGAUUUGCUUACAGUCGACAGCACUCAACUGUACAGUGCCACAGGAACAAUCACUGGCCCCACAGGGGAGACGUGGACGAUCCCCGUCUACUCCACCGCUCAACAGCAGGGUGUGACUCACAUUGCCAUACCGCAGGAGACGUACAACACAGUGCAAAUUGCCGCUGCCAACGGCAAGACUGGUUCCUCGGCAAGGUCCACUGAUGUGCAGUCCGUGUCGACUGCGACGCAAGAAGAAAUCGUGCAGACGCUGUUUCCCGCUCAGUUCAUGAAUGGGAACAUUCACAUCCCAGUAGCUGUCCAGACUGUCGGAGGGACUUAUAAUACGACGCAGUCAGUGCACAUAUGGGACCCAAAUCAGCAACAGAGCCAAGAUAAUGGAAAUGAACAACUCCAGCUUCAGGAACAAGGAGAGGCCGAUGCUAAUGCUGAACAAUCUGCAGAAAUUCUAGUUCCAAUUUCCCUUAAACCAGAAGAGGGUCUGGAGGUAUGGCGCCUUUGGGUGAAGCGGAAAAAUGAUGAGCUGAUUAAGCAGGACAAGACAAAGCUGGCACCGAUUGGACGUCGCCAACCGCUGCGUUUUCAAGACGACUUGAUUUCCAGCGCAGUAGCCGAGCUGAACCUCGGUCUUUCGCUGAUGACGCAAGAGGCCCGAGGAUCAGAGGAAGAACAAUUUGCUCCAGAUGUUCUUUAUUACGUCUUCCUUUGUAUACAAAAGUACCUCUUUGAAAAUGGACGCGUGGAUGACAUUUUUGCUGAUCCAUACUACACUCGAUUCUGUGAGAGUUUACAUAAAAUCCUGACUGGCUGGAAGCCCAGUGUCCAUCCUCUAGGUUACAUCAUUCCGAGUCAUGUGACAGAAGAGAUGCUGUGGGAAUGUAAACAACUUGGUGCACAUUCACCUUGGACUUUGUUAACCACGUUGAUGUACUUUAACACAAAGUGUUUUCGUCUGCUCACACCUGAGCAGCACCUGAAAGUGGCCUUCUCUAAGGUCUUGAGACACACCAGGAAAAACCCCACUAAUGCAAAGGACAAAGCAACUAGUAUCCGCCUUCUGAAAGGGCAAAGUUCUCAUAAAGGAUCGGAUGAUCUAUAUGAUGAGCAGAUCGAGGAUCCAGAGAACCCACUUCGGUGUCCGAUCAAACUUUAUGAUUUUUAUCUAUUCAAAUGCCCGCAAAGCGUCAAAGGUCGUAACGACGUGUACUACAUGACUCCUGAGCACGUUGUGGCGCCCAACAGUCCCAUGUGGUAUUCCUCUCAGCCCCUCACGAGUAAGCAGGUGGAGCAAACGCUGGCACGCAUCCUGGUCGUUAGAGAGAUCCAGGAGAUCAUCGGUGCCGCGUCCGAGAGUUAA